AUGUCUGACAGAACAGACCACGGAGUUGGAUCGUUUGAGGGCGAAGGCUCUGCAGGGAUGGAGUCGGAGGAGUACGACUUUCAGGAAGAUGAACACGACCAUCAUGCAGAGGCCGAUGUCGACAAUGGGAUGCGGUUGAAUUGGAAGACAGUUUGGACGGCGCCGGAGGAAUUGGAGUCGAUAGGUUGGAUUGAUUUUUUGAACUUGAGCGAGGAAGAUGUUCUCCAGUUUAAUUUCGCAGAUGUUGACAUUGCAUUUGAGUUCUACCAGCAAUAUGCAAAGCACCAUGGCUUCGGCGCGAGACGUUCCAGAAGCGAAAAAUGCGGCGAAGUAAGGAUACGUCAGGAGUUCGUGUGCCACCGACAAGGGUUCCGAUCCCCGAAGUUCUACUCGAUGCCUAACUGGCAAAAGAGGCCGAGGGCCGAGACACGAUGCGGAUGA